CCAUUUUGGCUCAAGAGCGCUUUGGCUCGGCGUGUGGGCGGUCCGCCCCUGCUUGUGCGCGCGGCGGGGCAGGCCGCCCUCUUACCUCGACUGCGCCGCCCCGGUGGGCAGCGGCUGCGCCGGGCGAUGGCCUGGCGGGCGGGUUUGGCGGCCCGGCUGCUGCUGGGGGCCCUCGCGGGGGCCUCUGGCAAGGACAUCCGAGGGAGGCUUGUGCUCGGUGGCACGCAGCAGAUGUCCGGGAGGUUCAGUUACUACGGGGAGCAGUCGCUGAACGUCCUGAGUAUGUGGAAGGAGCUGGUGGACGCAGAUGACAGCUUCCCCUACAACAUAACGCUUUCUUUCGAAGAUGACGAAUCGUCUUCGAGCCUCUACACUUCGAAGCUGGGCGACAUGUUGAUCCCCCGCACCGCGGACUCCCCAGACGUCGUCAUCUGCCCGUACACCUCUGGGGCCACCAAGCUGGUCUGCGACUUCCUGGACGACAGCAACGUAUCCGUGCUGUGCGGCAUCUGGGGAGCCGCGUCGGAGAGCGUAUUCGAGUACCCCGAGGGCGGGAGGGGCCUCAACUUGCGGGUGCAGUCGACCGGCAAGGGGGGGAACUACUUCAAGGCGGGCCUCGAGCACUCCUUCGAGCAGCUCGGCGCCGCCGAGGCCGCCAGGCGCCUCUCGGGCACCGCCCGCGUGCCGACCGCCGCCUUCAUCUGGCGCCAGACCGACGCCUUCAGCAAGUCGCUCUGCAUCGGGGCCAUCGACGCGGCGACCGCGCUGGGGUUCAACAUCACCCUGCAGGCGGCGAUCGACCCGCUGGUGGACGAUGGUGGUGACUCCAUCUAUCAGCAGAUGAAGGACUGCGACGGCAUCGGGACGGUCCCCUUUGUCGACAUGUUCGACGUCACCCAGUACGGCCUGAACCCGCUGGUGGACAGCCCAGACCUGGCCGACGUCGUCGUCGGGUGCGGCCUCUACGACAGCCAGACCGCAGUCGUCCUCGGCCUGAUCGCCAGGGGCAUCCGGCCGAAGUUCACCUUCAUGACGAACGUCAACAAUGCCAAGCUGCUGGCGAGCGUCCUGCCCUACAACACGAUCGACGUCUUCAUGCCGACCCCGUGGACCCCGACGGCGCCAGGCUCGGACGAGGUGUGGGGCACCGGCCUGGACUUCUACGAGGGCUACAUGGCGCGGUUCGGCAAGGCGCCGUCGUACCAUGGCGCGGCCCUCGCAGGCUGGCUGACCAUGCUGACGCGCGCCCUGAAGCGCUCGGCGGACAGCCACGCGUGCUCCGGCGGGGAGUGCGAGCUGGAUGCGCACGCGCUUCGAGCUGCGUACGAGGUGCCUGAGGUGACCUUCUACGGCACGAUCGGCCUCAACGAGUACGGCAUGAACGAGGAUAUGCCCCUGAUUCAGGUGCAGACCCAGUUGGGUGGCGGAGGGUCGUUCGUGCAGGUGCCAGCUAUUCCUGUCGACAAGGUUCCAGACUCAUGGACGGCUGCGGAUGGGAUGCUCCCAAGGUGGCCGGCCCGUUCGUGGUCGGAGGCGAGAACCGACUUCAUCAAUUCCUACUGCGGCUCCGAAGGCGUGUACAUCGACUCAUUUACCAUGAUGAAGGUGGGGCUGGAGCGAGCGGCCAACCACUUCGUCGACCACGGCACCUCCAGCCCGCCGGUCGCUGGCGACAUCGCCGAGUGCAUCCAGUGCCAGAUGGGCAGGAGCCGGUCCAGCAGCUUCGCGGAGUGCUACCCGUGCGCCGCCGGCACGUUCGCAGCCUUGCCGGGGCAGGCGGAGUGCGACCUCUGCCCCGUGGGCUCGGCCGUGGAGUCUUUGGGCGCCCUGGAGUGCGGCAACUGCACGGUGGGCCGGGUGGCCGGGGAGCGGGGCCGCAAAGUUUGCCAGGACUGCGAGCAGGGCCGGUUCAUGGCGCAGGAGGGCCAGUCGGAGUGCACCAACUGUCCGGUGGGCAGGUACCAGCCCGGGGUGGGCCAGAGCGAGUGCCUGCAGUGCACCGACUUCGACGGCUCCGAGAUGACCACCCAGUUCCUGGGGUCCACGAUGUCGGCGCAGUGCAUCUGCUCCGAGGGUAAGUUCAAGCAGCAGGACAACGAGUCGUGCCGGGAGUGCCCCGCGGGCAUGGUGUACAGCAGGACUGGGCCCGCGGACUUCCCGUGCAGCUGCCCCGCGGACACCUUCCUCAGCGCCAGCGGUGACGAGUGCUUCCCGUGCCCGAGCGGCAUGGCCUGUGCGGCUGGCACGGGGCCCCCGACAUUGUUGCCGGGCAUGUGGGCGCACCUCUCGGACGAUGAGGAUCGGAGCUACAGCGUCUACCGCUGCCGCGACAAGGAGCAGUGCCCCGGGGGGCCCGUGGGCACCUGCGCGGACGGCCGCGACCCGGACACCGUGGGCUGCGCCGUCUGCCUCGCGGGCCACGUGCCCACCUCGGGCGGCCCCACGUGCAAGAUGUGCGAGAGCGCGGACUACGUGCCCUUCGUCUUCGCCAUUCUGCUGCUGCUUGUGGGCGGCUGCCUCAUGGUGUACUUCUCCACCGUUGACGUGACGAAGACGAGCGUCAACAUGGUGGUGGGCCUCGCGAUCUGCGGCCAGUUCGUGAUCGUUAUCCAGUGGUUCUCCGUCUUCCAGGGGCUCGACGUCGUCUGGGUCGAGCCUUUCUCCUCGGUGGUGAAGUUUGCCGCUGUCUUUUCCUUCAACUUCGAAUACCUGAAGAUCGGGUGCUUCCUGGAGACGUCUAACGAGGUUGUCGUCUUCGCGUCGAGGCUGAUGUGCCUCCCCGUGCUGGCGGGUUGCCUCGUGCUCAUGAUGUACAUUCACUCCAGGUACAAGGGCCUCACGCUUGACAAGGACCAGGUUAUGAAUUCGGUGGGCCUAAUCAUGAUGGUACUGUUCCUAGCUGUGACCCUCGCGGUUGUCAGUCCCUUCAUGUGCGCAGACAGCCCGAACGGGACGCAAUCAAUAGCGUCGAACCCCUCGGUUAUCUGUGAUGAUAAUGGCGAGUUCGUCACUCUCGUCGUGCUCGCAGUGAUUGGUCUGCUCGUUUAUUCUGUUACGCCAAUGGCGCUUGUCACCUAUGUGACGCUCAUGUACCCCUCAAUCGUUGCUUCGGGCCAUGCCAGCACCAUACUGACGAGGUAUCGUUUUUUGUUCCAGCGAUUCACGGUUGAGCGCUACUACUACGGGCCGAUCUUCUUCUUCAGGAAUUUCCUGAUGGCCUUGGUCCCCGUGAUCUUCGUCAACUUCGCCCACCUGCAGGUCAUUGUUCUGGCCGGCAUGUUCGUUUUCUUCGGCCUGCUCUCUUGCUCUCUCAAGCCGUGGCGCGGGGGAACCCCCAAUCUCAUGGAGGCUCUGUUGAUGGGUAACUUCAUCCUCGCCCUCAUGGUCGCCGGGAUCCUUGUGGAUGUCGACGUCGACGAUGUCACGAAAGAUCUGCAGGUCAUCCUUUUGGUCGUCGUGAUUGGCAUGUCAUCUUCGUGGGGCAGCUGGUCUACAGGAGCACGCUGGCUUCCGCGAAGACUUACGGAAUAUUCCUGUCCCACCACAAGCUUGGGAUGGCGGCAGGGGCGCGCCUGGCCAAGAUGGAACUGUCCCGGCGCACUGGCAAACGGGUCUUCUUGGACUCCGACGAGCUCGACGACCUGGAUUCCGUCCUGGACACGGUGCGCAACGGGACGGAGUGCUUGGUCGUGA